UAAGCAAUGGAAAGAUGUUUGAUUCAUUCGAUUCCAAAUUUCAGCCAAUAUGCUUUCGAAAACUCGUCUACGUGGAAGGCCCGCAGGAACGUAUUAUUAUUUCAAGGAAAAAAUAGUAAUCUGUGGUACGAACUAGUCUUACAGGUACGUUUAUGAUAGCCAUGGAAAACAAGAGAAAAGUCGAUUUCCGUAGUCGUACUGUACUGCAUGCAAUGGUUCAUUAUCAUCAUCAUCAUUUCAGCUAUCAUCUCUCCCCUUCAAAAAUUCAAGUUGAGGUUCAUCCCGAAAAACUUGUUCCACAUUGAGAGAUAUUUGAGAGGGACUUUAUCCGAACAUGAAAGGUGCCUUUUGGAAUGGUAAAAGGACCGGACUGGCCCUGGUUUUGGCUCUGGGUGUUUUGUCGGUGUCGUGCAGUAGCGCGUCUCCGGCCACUGCCGCUAUGUUUGGUGUGGUUUCUCCGAAAGAAAUUUCCAACCACGCUCUAUUUGACAUCAGAGGAGGGGCCAAAAAGAAGAAGUCGAGAACGGGGUCGCUGUCAAAGACGGUCACGGGAAAGAAAAAAGUUGGGGCAAAGAAGGCAACUGAAAAAAAGUCCGAGUCGGUCAAUAAUGCUCUUGGCGACUGGUACAAAGGGAUUCCUCGCUUCACAAAACUUUACGUAAACAUGAUUUUUCUGUGCACUUUUGUGGGCCUCAUACUCGGAGAAGAAAGAUCCCAGGCCAUUCUCGCGCUUGAUCCAAUGAGAUUGAUGUAUGGCUUGGAACUCUGGAGACCGUUUACUGCAGCAUCCUUCUUGGGGAAACCGUCGAUAUCAUGGCUCAUGAGUGGCUAUUAUCUUUACGAAUAUGGAGCCAGCCUGGAAAAAGCAUAUGGUCCCGCUGAGUACAUUGUGUUUUUGCUCACUCAGAUUUCCCUCCUGACUGUUUUCUCGGCCAUGUUGGGAAUUCCAUUCUUCACGCAAUCUGUCAUCACCGGAAUGCUUCAUGUCCUAAGCCGGGCCAUGCCCCACCAAAAGGUGAAGUGGCUCGUCAUCACCGUGCCUUACUGGACUCUCCCAUACGGACUGAUGGUGAGCGACGUUCUUCAGUCUCAGGGAUCGAUAUCAGCAGCGGUUCCUCAUAUUUUGGGAAUUUUGGUUGGUCACUUCUACCAAUUCAACCGAUUCGUCUGGCCAAAAACUGGAGGUGAAGAUUGGCUCCGAGCCCCUGACUUUUUGGUGGACAAACUCGAUCCAGACGCAGCGGUAAAGAAUGCCGCGAAAGAAUCCAUCAACAAGGCCCUCUCGAAACGAAAGCGUGGAAAGGGCAAGAAGCUGGGUUCGGCUUCUGCAUAGAACCGUGGUGCGAGUAGAUACGGCUUUCGGUAGAAUUAAUUUACAUAUCUUUA